AUGUGUAUGCCAGCAGGGGAUGAACGACGAGCGGCUUCCCCAUCUCCCCAUCCUCUCCCCAUCACAGGUGAGGAUGCCAAUGCCUCAUCCUCCCUCUGCCCCGAGCGCUGGGUCGAGCCUCGGUUCACACAAGCGGCAAGGGUGCGGGUGAUCAUCACGGUCAUCUUCUUCCUGCUGGCGGCCAGCAGCAAUGCAGCAGUGCUGGGCAGCCUGCUGAGGAAGAGGAGGAAAUCCCACGUGCGGCCGCUGCUCCUCAGCCUGGCUCUGGCUGACCUGCUGGUGACGGUGGCGGUGAUGCCCCUGGAUGCGGUGUGGAACGUGACGGUGCAGUGGUACGGAGGGGACCUCUCCUGCAAGCUCCUCAACUUCCUCAAGCUCUUUGCCAUGUACGCGGCCGCGCUGGUGCUGGUGGUCAUCAGCCUGGACCGGCACGCUGCCGUCCUGCAUCCCUUCUCCCGUGCUCGCCGCCGCAAUGGGCUGCUGCUCCGCGCUGCCUGGGCUGGCAGCGUGCUCCUGGCUUCACCCCAGCUUUUCCUCUUCCACCUGCAGACGGCUCCAGGAGGGAAUUUCACCCAGUGUGUCACCCACGGCAGCUUCCGAACGCACUGGGAGGAAACCGUGUACAACAUGUUCACCUUCACCACCCUCUACAUCACCCCCCUGAGCGUCAUGAUCGUUUGCUACACCCGGAUCAUCUGGGAGGUCAGCAAGCAGCUAAAGAUCAAUAAAGGUUUGAUAAGACAUCAAAGUGACCACAUCUCCAAGGCACGCAUGAAGACUCUCAAGAUGACCAUAGUGAUUGUGGCCACCUUCAUCAUCUGCUGGACCCCAUAUUACCUCCUGGGCUUGUGGUACUGGUUCCAGCCAGCCAUGAUCCAGAAGAUGCCGGAGUAUGUCAACCACAGCUUCUUCCUCUUUGGCUUGCUGCACACCUGCACCGACCCUGUCAUCUAUGGGCUGUACACCCCCUCCUUUCGGGAGGAUGUGCAGCUGUGUCUCAAGGGCAUUGAAACAGCCAUUACCAGGCACGAGAGACACAAACCUGCCUCCGUCUCAGAGAAGAACACCAAGGAUGGUGCAGUAAAUGGUGGGGUGGCAUCAGGAGGCUCCAAUGGGACAACCGUCAACACGGCCUGUUGAAGAGACAUACCCACAAGGAGAUGGGAUGCACAGCUCCGGGGGCUACUUUGUCCCAUAGGAUCAUUCUGGAGACUCAUAUGGCAAUUUGCCACCCAGGUUUGGUGGGUGAGGGCCUGUGGCCAGAAGAGGGGAAUGUGUCUCCUGCCUGUGCUCAGGGUGACAAACAUUAGGGGUAUUUAUGGGCAUUGUUCCAUACCCUGGCAGCCCUGUGACAACCAGAAAACCAUCUUUUAUUGCACCCUGGGCAUGCUCUGGCCCUGUUUGGGGGAUCAAGCAUCUGCUGCACCUCCAGCAUCAACCCGAGAGGAGGACAGCACUAAGAGCUGUCACCCUGAGGGGCUGCAGAGGUGAAACCUCAGGCUUUGACUCCAUUUUCUGCAUCCAUAGGAAAAGCUCUCUGGGAAGCCUGGAUCUCCUGGCUCAGAGCCUGCCUGGC